GCGGGCGUGAGGCGUCAUGCUCUCCAACUGCUGCAUCCCCCUCGGCAGCUCUGGCUAUGAGCGGCAAUGGCCGGCUCACCCGGGUAACCAUUCCCCCACCUGUCUCAAUGUGCAGCUCUCUCCCUUGGGUAUUUCUUGCGGUAUGAUGUUGGGUGAUGGUCGUAUGGAGGCUGCAUAUAGUUGACGCUUGAGCGACAUUGUACGUCACCAGCUACUGCUCCUGCUCCUGCUACUUGUGCUCUUCCAAUUGUAAUCAUGAGAGCUCCUACGCGACUCAGGAGCUUAGUUCUCCGCCGCGGCUUCGCCAGCACGGCGAGGCGCCUAGACAACUACGCAUUUGUCGGUCUGGGACAGAUGGGAUACCAAAUGGCCAAGAACUUGCAGUCAAAGCUGGGCCCCGAGGACAAGGUCUCCAUUUUCGACAUCAAUGGCGAGGCCGUGAAGGGGCUGGAGACGGAGAUGAAGGCGGCCAAGGGUGGUGCGGCGGUUGAGUUGGCUGCGAGUGCUUUUGAUGCUUCCAAGGAUGCUGACACCGUCAUCACCGUCCUCCCAGAACCCCAGCACGUCCAAGGCGUGUACGAAUCCAUCCUCACCGACGCGCUCCCCAAAAAGGACCGCAUCUUCAUCGACUGCUCCACCAUCGACCCGUCCACCUCCCGCCAGGUCGCCGCCUCCGUGUCCGCCGCUGGCCAGGGCACCUUCGUCGACGCGCCCAUGUCCGGCGGCGUCGUGGGCGCCACGGCCGGCACGCUGACCUUUAUGCUCGGCGCGGCGCCCUCGCUCGUCGCGCGGCUCGAGCCCGUCCUGCUGCGCAUGGGCAAGAAGGUGCUGCACUGCGGCGAGCAGGGCGCCGGGCUGUCGGCCAAGCUGGCCAACAACUACCUGCUGGCGCUCAACAACAUCGCCACGGCCGAGGCCAUGAACCUGGGCAUCCGCUGGGGGCUGGACCCCAAGAAGCUCGCGGGCGUCAUCAACGUGAGCACGGGCAAGUGCUGGCCGAGCGAGGUCAACAACCCCGUGGCCGGCGUCGUCGAGACGGCGCCCGCGAACCGCGACUACAGCGGCGGCUUCGGCAUCGCCCUGAUGAAGAAGGACCUGCGGCUGGCCAUCAUGGCCGCCGAGGAGGCCGGCGCCCAUAUGGAGCUGGCCAAGCCGGCCUAUGCCGUGUAUGAAAAGGCGGAGAAGGAGGAGCAGUGCCAGGGCCGGGACUUUUCGGUCGUGUAUCGAUAUCUUGGCGGAAAGGAAUAGUAGCUUUAAUCAAGGGAUAUAGACUUGAGAAAUAAAAUAAAACCCCUAUUGACAUAUCUUAGGUGGUGUGGAA